AUGAAGUCGGUGUCCUGCCUCUCCUCGUCAGUGAGAGCUGCGUGUCAUCACACCUCAGCUUGCUCCUUAUUGAAUCCUUCUCUGGUUCGAUCAGGGGGUCGAUGCCCCAAUGUGCCCGGCAGAGGGGUCGUGGUGCAACAACCUCGCGUAACAGGGGUGCGUCCUUAUCACAGGAUGAACUCAGCCCCUGUCCCCAGCCCAGUGUCCCUGAGAGGACACGACGUGCACCAGGUUGUGAGACGCACGCCCCCUGCAGCCGGUCCUCACCUGUCUCCAUACAGACCCCACAUCAAACAGCAGGACAGUGCAGCAGCAGGGGUCAGCAUCCAGUCUCUGUUUGAAGGUGACGUGAUCCCUGAGCUGUGCUCAAGACUGGCAGACUCCCCCAGCAAGGACAGGGCAGAGGGACUGGCCACCUUACUGGGAGCUUGUGCUGAGUUUGGCUUGGGAGCCCAGAGCCCUGUGGUCCAGCGACUCACACAGGAGUGCCUGCUGCUCCUCUGCAAGGGGGACAUCGGGGUGGCCCAGCUCUGCCACCUGGGCGAGGUGGCCCACAAGCUGGAGGGGAGCAAGUCAGCGGUGGUGACGGAGGUCCUGAACUCCAUGGCUGCGGCUGUAGAGGAGGACGCUGCGUCUCCUGAUGAGGCCGUGAGGGUCUACGCCCUCCUGGCUCUGUGCUACGACCCUACCAGCCAGCGGCAGACCUUCCUGCUGUCCACUUUGCACAGACACACACAGAGGCUGGUCCACCGCCUGAAGGCCAGUCAAGUCAGUGAAGUCCUGCAGGCCCUGCUGAAGUUACAGCAGAGACAGAACAUUUCCCUGGUGCUGAGGCUGAUUCACAGAGCGUCACAGCUCUUCAGUGUUUUCAGCGAUGAUGAAAUAAUAAAGGUUCUGUCUGCCCUGAUGAUCCUGGGACAGCAUCAUGCAGAGCUCCUGGCGGCUAUGGAGAAACACCUGCCAGGGAGGCUGGGAGAGUGCGAUCCAGAGCUGAUCAGCACCGUCAUGGAGUAUUGUCUUCAAAUGAGGUGCCGCUCCGAGCCCAUCUUUGAGGCUGUGGCUGAGAACUUUGUGCGUCAUGCCGAGAGACACACAACUCUUCAGAUAGCCAAACAGACGGUCGCCAUGGGGAGACUCAACUACCUGCCUCAGUGUUCCAGUCAGAUGUUCCAGAAGCUUGAGAGCAUUCUAUCAACAAGGUUCUCCCAGUUCCAGCCUCGCUCGCUGAUAGAGGUGCUGCACGCCUGCAUCCACCUGGAGCGCUUCCCGCUCAACUACACAUCCCAAGUCUUCAAUCCCUACUUCCUGCAGAGGCUACAAGCACAGGGGGACCCACUGGACAGGAAGGCACUGGCACAACUGACCCAGCUCCAUCUCUCCACCUCAUUAGAGUGUAAACACUACUGCGGUCCCAAACUGCCUCCCUUCCUCCAUGUGAACAAGUUCUCCUCUAUGGACCAGGCCUUUGAGACACCGAUGAACGGUCUCAUGUACAAACUCAUCAAAGGGCCACUCAUCCGGCUGCUGGGGGGGAAGUUCUACUCAACCACAAUCAUAACUCCAAGUGGAUACACUAUAGACGUGGAGAUAUGCCUGGAUGAGGACGGGUAUGUUCUGCCUCUUCCUCAGUGGGAUCGCACUGACAGGAGGAUGGCUCUGUGUUUAGACGGUAAAGCUCAUUUCUGCAGCAACACACAGCACCUGCUGGGGAAGGAAGCCACAAAGAGGAGACACCUCCGCAGGAUGGGCUAUGAGGUGGUGCAGAUCCCUCACUUUGAACUGGAGAAGCUGAGAACUCAAAAGGAGCAGAUCCAAUAUCUACAAAACAAGAUCUUUCCCACCAUUUUCAAGUUCAACCGCUGA